AUCCAGCAGUUUGUCCACAUGUCUCCCGAACGGGAAAGUGCGUGUGGGUGUAUUUUUUCUCGCGCUUCCUGCAUUCCGGAACGUUCUGUGAGGGCUCAUUGGAGGUAUGUGCAUUCCCAGGCACUGUGCUGCAUGUCAUGACCUGAGAGCCGAGAAAGAAGAUCUUCACUUUUUUAGAUUUUUUUUAGCAUCUGUCAUUAAUCAUAUUUUGGAACUUCUGAGGGAUAUUUCUUAGUUUCGUGGUGGGGUUUGGCAAAAAGGGACAGCCGGAAUAUUGUGGUAUGAUGCCCAGUCUUGUUUGGGUGGGGCUGCACACUAGUGGGUCUGCAGAAGUGAUAGACUGGGUGUGAGAAGCUUUUGGCAAUGCCCCUCUGUGGGACUUCAGAAAAAUGUCUAUCUCUAGAAUCCACUGAGAAUUUUACCCAAGGAAAUUGUCUCAUUCUGUUCUGCACGUGGGUCAGUUACUGGGCUAAUCUUGAACUAGCACAAUCGGCACUCAAAUGACGUCCAGUCAUUUUUUUUCACUGCAAAGCUGCAAACUUACUUUGAAUGGAACGAGGAAGUCCUGGGACUUCAUGCGCACACAUGACAGUGUCUCAAUCCUGAUCUUCAAUACCAGCUCACACUGCUUCAUCCUGGUCAAGCAGUUCCGUCCAGCGGUGUACAUGUGCGAGUGGGAGAAGCACCAGCCCGCACCGGCCGGGGAGGAGGCCGGGGGAGCGGGGGACGCGGCGGACGCGGCGGGCGAGGAGAAGGCCAGCGGAGCGGGGGACAUGGCGGACGAGGAGAAGCGCUCCCGCCUGCCUCCGCCCUCGGCCGGCGUCACCUACGAGCUGUGCGCCGGGCUCGUGGACAAACCCGCCCUCUCCCUGGAGGAGAUCGCCCGCCAGGAGGUCCUGGAGGAGUGUGGCUACGACGUGCCCGUGGCCAAACUGAGGAGGAUUACCUCCUACAGGUCGGGGGUGGGCGUGACCGGCGCCAGGCAGACCAUGUUCUACGUGGAGGUGUCGGACGAGGACUGCGUGGGCGAGGGCGGGGGCGAGCCGCAGGAGGGCGAGCUGAUUGAGGUGGUGAAGGUGCCGCUGCUGGAGGCCAUGAACUUUGCCUACGACGAGAACAUCCCCAAAACCAUGGGCGUCAUCUUCAGCUUCCUGUGGUUCCACAGCAACAUGGCUCCCAAGUACAAGAUCUCCACCAAUGUGUAACGACAACCCAUAUCAUUCCUAUCAUCGGCCCAUUGGUGGGUCUCCUGGCGGACAUUUUAUGAGUAUUUUGAUAUGUUAUAUGUUUCUUUUGGGUCGUCACUGCUUUCCUUUUCACACUUUCAUUUCAGGACAAAAGCCUGUGUCAUACUGCACUUGUCAUUAUCACUGUGGUAAUUCUUUGUAUUGUUAUUAGUCCUUUUUUUUGAAGAAUUUGUGAGUUUAGAGCAGCGAAUGCGCUUUGUUAAUGCAAUAAGCCAUCACUUAUAAGAUGAAGAGUUCAAGGUCAUUAACGGUUUUUCCAACUGGAGGUUGCCUCUUACUGGGGCAGCAGUCCAACUAAAAAGGGGACACAUUACAUGAUUUUUCUGUCGUAUGUGAAGCACACACAUAACAGUGGCUGUCUUUGAGGAACACAAAAAUAUGGAAAAUAGACGGACACAGUUCUCUCGGGAGAACAUUGUUUUUCAUGAUACACCUGCACUCCAGAGAACCUUUUUUUCCCCCACAAUAUUUUGAAGCCACAAUCAACAUGGAACCCAUACAGCUUGUGACAGUUGUGGUUGGUGCUGUGAUUUGCAAAGUCACUCUUCAUUUUUAGCACUCCAGAAAACAGGUUUAUUAAGCUCAGCCUUCGAAGUGUUGAGUUUUGAGGAUUAUGCAAAGACCUGCCCUGAUAAAAUCAGACGUUUGAUUUAAUCGGUGCGUUGCUGACUGAGGUCGUACGUGGCAGGUUUGAGUCUUUCACUCCUGCACUCGUACCGUAACAGCUGUGACAGUGCAACUAUUAUAGACUACCCUGGACUACUGCAGACUGCCCAAUCUCCAAUCGUUGCCAAAUCAGGCUUGAAAAUCAUGCAAUGUGUCCCCAGCUUAAGGGGGAAAUGGGGGAAUAAUUCCCCUUCUUAAAUUUCCUGUUUUGUACAGAAAAUCUUAAUGGGUUAUAGCCUAUAUCUGCUGUAAGGGAGCAGUUCUCAGUGCUCACCUAGGAAAGUAAGUUCAUGUCACUUGGGGGUAAUCACAAAAAAAAACAGCACUAGUUCUCUCAGGUCAUAUUGGUAUGAGGAUUGGUCACAUUCAGGGACACAUAUCAAUCAAACUGUUGGGUGAAGGUGUGAUGAAGUUCAAUCAGACAAUAGUGCAGUUUAACUCAAAUUAUGUUGCGAGGACAUCACCAGAAUUACAUGACAAUAUACUAUUUUGAAGAUAUUUUGCCUCCUCUGGAGGAAUAGCUGGAAUAGCAUUUGUACACAGUUUUCAAGAGAUGCAUGACUUUGCUUGAGUAGCUGAUAAAUUAUAAUGGACAUAAUCUAAAAAUGUAGAUUAACAAUGACAAACACAAAUCAUAAACUGUUGUUGCUUUCAAACUGCAUAUGAAUCUUUUUUUUUUUUUACUCCUAACUUGACAAAUUCAAAUAAAAAGUACUGGCUUUCUUUGUUCGCAGUUGUACAAUUAUGUUGAAAGUUUUGACAUUCCCAUAGUUACUAUAACUUUUUUUUUUUUACUUUUGAGGCAAUAGUGAAAUUAUCUGCAAUAAUACUAACUGCUUUUGGAGCGAUGUUGGCACACUGUGCUAUCUGUGCGUAUGCUUGGGUCUGUGGCUUUCUGGGUUAUUAGCGCUCCUGUUGGGUUCAGAAGAGGUCAAAGGGGUGGGGCUAUUUCUUGGUUGUACAGGUGGCGUGUUCUCAUCAGUGUGCCCUUACUGGAGCCAGAGUUCACAAACCGAAGGUCAAAGUUGUACAGUCAGUAGGGUAUAAGUAUAACGGCUCGAUUUUUAACACCGUUUUUAGAUUUCUACUUUUCUUUAAAUGUGCUGACAUUUAAGUGGCAAACUGCCUCACUGGUUGUGACCCUGUAUUUAUAUAAACACAUUAUUUUAUCGCUAUAUUCAGCCCUCUGGUUUUUAAAAAAUUGUUAUUAAUCCAGCUUAAUUAUUGUCCACAGCGUUUAACCAGUAUUAAAAAACGAUUUUAAAUUAUACCAAAAGCACACUUUAAAUCGGCAUAGUUGUACUGUUGUGUAAUGGUUACAGCUGUCUUACAAAUAAAACAUUUGUAAUGAGGAAGAUACAAAUAAUUUGGUUCACGAGCCAGUCAAAUUAAAUAAGUGGUCUGAAUGCAUGUAGGAAAGAGAAAUGCAUGUAAAAUAUGAAUUUUGGGCUAAGUAUGUUGUUUGCUUUGGGAUGCAACAAGCAGACAUUGCAUAAUGAAAUCUUAUUUAUAUAAUCCUGUUAGCAUGGUCAUGGUGGAAUCCAUUUUCCAUUUUAUUGUAGAUGCCAAUAUUAAGUUUCAGAGACUGUCCAGGAAGAUCUAGCACAAAACUGACAAAUCACAAUCAACAUCUAAGACUACUGUCAGCUUUUUAUAUAGAGUUUUUUUAACUUAAAUUUUAACUAGUAAUUUGUUUUUGUUUUGAGAUUUUUUGAGAAGCAGCAUUGAAGCAAGGAUCUCAACUGGCAUUAUAACAUUUUUGUGUUUAUCAAUACCUGUGUGUGCUUGAAUUAAAUUGAAUUUUAUUACCUUGUGAUAUUUCUGUUUGUAACUUAAUUUUGUAUUCAUAAUCUGUUGCAUUUUAACACCUCCUUUUUAUGAUGCAGCAUAAUUUCAAAUAAUGAAUUGAAUGUGUACUAUAUUUCCUUGAUUUUCAGAGUAAAAUGAAAUUGUAAUAAAGGGGUUUGCACUUAGA